AUGGGAUGCUCAAAUUAAAAGUAAACAGAUUUAUCUGUUAAACAGCUUAAAAAGCAGUGCUUUAACUUAAACAAAGAAAUAACUUAAUUGUAAAGAAAAAUAUUGUUUACAAAUGUAGAAUACCAAUUUAAAUACAAUAGAACGAUAGAAAAAAAGGUCCAUAGCCAAGAAACUAAAAAUAACUUCACAGACAAUUCUAAUACAUCUAAUGAAGAUUUUGCUAAGGAAGACUUAAUUAGCAAAUUUUAUGUUUAAAUGAAAGAAUUUUAAAAAUAAGCCUAAAAUAUUUUUAUCAAAGGAGAGACAAUAAUGCAAAAAUAUAACAUGAAAGCUGUCGAAAAUCAGUAAUUUUAUCUUUAAAUAAGAUAAAAACUAAAACUUUUGCAUGAAUUCGCCUUUAUUCUUGUAAUUAAUUCUGAAAUGAAAAAUUCCAAAGAUCAAAUUAUGUUUCUAGGAAGUUUUUGCUAAUCUCUAGUAAUUGCUUGA